AUGGCUCCUACCAAAGGCAACAAGUACUCGGUCCUCUUGCCGACGUUCAACGAGCGCAAGAACCUGCCCAUUGUCGCAUGGUUGCUCAACCGCACCUUCACCGAGGAAAAUCUCGACUGGGAGCUCAUUAUCAUCGACGAUGGCUCGCCCGACGGCACCCAAGUUGUCGCCGAGCAGCUCGUAAAAGCCUACAGCCCCCACAUCGUCCUGAAGACGCGAACCGGCAAGCUGGGCCUGGGCACAGCGUACGUGCACGGCCUGCAGUUCGCGACGGGCAAUUUCGUCAUCAUCAUGGACGCCGACUUCUCCCACCACCCCAAGUUCAUCCCCCAGAUGAUCGCCAAGCAGAAAACGGCCAACUACGAUAUUGUCACGGGCACACGGUACGCAGGUAAUGGCGGAGUCUACGGAUGGGACCUGAAGCGCAAGUUUGUAAGCCGCGGCGCCAACCUGUUCGCCGACACGGUGCUGCGACCGGGCGUCAGCGAUCUGACAGGCAGCUUCCGGUUGUACAAAAAGGCGGUUCUGCAGAAGGUUAUUGAGAGCACCGAGAGCAAGGGAUACACAUUCCAGAUGGAGAUGAUGGUGCGAGCUAAAGCCAUGGGUUGCACUGUGGCCGAGGUCCCGAUUAGCUUUGUGGAUCGCGUGUAUGGAGAGAGUAAGCUAGGCGGUGAUGAGAUUGUUGAGUACGCCAAGGGCGUGCUGACCUUGUGGCUCAAGGUUUAA